AUGGAACUACCAUAUCAGCCAGUCUAUGUGACAAUUCCGUCAACCAACGAUUCAAUCGAGAGCGAGCGCCUUCUUCUGCGACCCAUCUGUGACUUUGACGCUGCCGCACUGCUAGCGGUUCGAGGCCGACCGGAAGUGGCAAAGACAAACUACCCCAAGGAGCCAUUCAAGUCCAUCGAGGAGACUCGUGAAUGGAUGUCCAGCAAAGUCUUUGCCAAGGGACCAGCAGACAUCAUCGGGCGCUCUUUUAAUUACGCGAUUCUGGAUAAGUCGAUCUCGGAACCAGAAAAGCAACUCAUUGGCUAUGUCAGCGUGAACACCCUGGAUCCAUGCCCUGAAAUUGGAUACUCUCUUCUUCCCGAGUCGUGGGGAAAGGGCUAUGCCACAGAAGCAUUACGAAUGAUGCUGUCAAAGUGGUGGGAUCUCCCAAGAAGAGAUAUGGGCGAAUUGAAUGGGAGCGAGGAGAAGAUAUACGCUAUUUGUGAGAAGCUGAAUAUCGGGAGCGUGACAGUCCUCCGUAAAUGUGGGUUCGAGGUUGUCUCGGAGUUUUGCUUCGGGUCAGAUGAGCUAUUCAUCUGGGCUUUGAAGAAGGCACAAUUUAUCCGGCAUUAA